AUAGCGAUAACAACAACGCGUUUUUAUAAUCUCACGUACGCAUUCCACGAAAGUGAAUCAGUUCUAUUUUGCAAAUGCAACAGAUUCAAAGUAGAAUAGCCAAAGAUAUUACUAAUUGUUAAUACGCCUUAUUCAAAUGUGUUCUUAUAACCAUCUGGAAUAGAAUAAAUAGCGAGGUAAAAAUCGUGCUAAAAAGCGCAUGUAUAAAUAGCAGAUAAAAUCCUAAACCAUAAGACGCUUACUUCAGUCAUAUACGUGAUUUUGUUAUUGAAGGAUUAAGCAAGAUGGUAGGAGUUAUGCCACAGUUUGAGAAAACUGGUAAAAAACAAAUUUAUGUUAUAGCAUCAGGAGAUCAGGAAGAUUACGAGCUCGCUGCUGUUGGACCUGAUCAAAAAAACUGGCGUGGCAUUGGUAUUGCUCUUCUAGUUAUUCUAAUAGUUUGUGCUCUGAUUGUUGCUGCCAUAGUUCUUUUGACGCCAGGUUCGUCAAAUUUUCAGUAUGGUGACAAAGGAUCAAAUUCAAAUAAAACUAGAAUAUCAUUAGAAGAAGUUGUAAAAGGUCACUUUUCUUACAGAACAUUCAAUGGAACUUGGAUAUCUGAUCAUGAAUUCCUAUUUCAAGAUGCGUUUGGUGCCAUUGGAAUCUAUGAUGUAACAAAUAAUUCAGAGCAAAUUUUGCUUUCUAAUACAACAAUUAUUAAACUUCAGAUUAGACAGUACAACAUAUCUCAGUUUUUGCUCUCAAAAGAUAGACUUUAUCUGCUACUGUCUCAUAGAUAUGAAAGGGUCUUUAGACAUACCUUCAAAGCUGCAUAUUUAUUGUACAAUAUUAGUAGCGAUUACUUAUCUCCACUUUUCAAGGAAUCUCCAAACCUAAUGUUGCAAUAUGCAGAAUGGGGUCCCACUGGAAAUCAAUUGGCAUAUGUGCAGGAUAACAAUGUUUAUUAUAUGUCUGAUGUCACUGCAAAACCACGUCAGUUAACCUCUACUGGUGUUGAAGGAGUGAUUUUCAAUGGCAUUCCCGACUGGGUUUAUGAAGAGGAAGUUUUAAGUUCCAGUCAUGCUUUAUGGUGGUCUGAUGAUGGUAAAAAAUUAUGCUUUGUUACGUUCAAUGACACUCAAGUAAACAUACUGCAGUAUGCUCAUUAUGGACCUUAUUCAGAUAUUACUAAUGUCUAUCCAGAAAUUAUAAAUUUAAGAUAUCCAAAAGCUGGAAAAACUAAUCCUAGUCUUACCAUCUGGAUAACGGACUUAACAACCACAAAGGCUAAUUCAGAAGUAAAACCUCCAAAAGAUUAUCAGGGGCUGGAUUAUUAUUUUACUGGAUUGCAGUGGGCGAGCGAUACUUCUGUCUCUAUUGUAUGGUUAAAAAGACCUCAGAAUUCUUCCAUGAUCAGUAUAUGUGAUGAAAACAAUGCCUGGGAAUGCAAAAAGAGCUUACAAGAAGAUACUAACGGACAUGGCUGGAUUGACUUGUAUGACAAGAUAUUAUUCACUCCUCCCACUAAACAAAGAUAUUUUAUGAGACUACCUGGUCCCGCAGAAGGUAGUGCUGGGCGUUUUAGACAUGUUGCUGAAGUUGAUGCAAAGUCGGGCAAAAAAACUUUUCUUACGAGUGGGACGUAUGAUGUUGUUUCACUAAUAGGAUAUAAUACUGUGGAGAAAAUAGUGUUUUAUAUCUCAACUUUAGAUGGCAAACCUGGGGAAAGACACUUAUUUGGAGUGACAGAUACAACUCAUAACAAACCGAAAACAGUAACUUGCUAUACUUGUGAUUUAGGGCCCGAUUGUUUAUAUAAUGAUGCAUCAUUCAGUUUGAAUUAUACUUACUAUGCUUUGGAUUGCUUGGGACCUGGAAUACCCCAAGUGCAAAUGCGUCUCACUCAAUCUAAUCAUAUAGUAUCAAUAAUGGAUACAAAUGAUGAGCUUCGGGAAUUAGUGGAUCAACGAGCUAUGCCCAAAGUAAAAAAUCUCAAAGUGCCUAUUGAUGGAAACUAUUACGCAAAUGUUCGCUUGUAUUUGCCACCUGCUCUACAAGAAUAUGAAAUAACUAAAUAUCCCAUGCUUGUUGAAGUUUAUGGAGGACCUGGAACACAAAUGGUUACAGAAAGGUUUAGUGUGAACUGGGGUAUGUACCUGGCUAGUAAGAAGAAUGUAGUUUACGCCAGUAUAGAUGGUAGAGGUAGUGGUAAUCAAGGUGACAAAAUUUUACAUGAACUUUAUAGACGCCUCGGAACUGUUGAGAUUAUGGAUCAGAUAUCUGUGUCAAGUUUCUUGGGGGAGCAUUUUUCAUUUAUUGAUGAAAAACAUAUGGCAAUUUUUGGAUGGUCAUAUGGAGGGUUUGCCUCAGCUUUAGCUUUAGCAACAGGAGAAAACACCUUUGCUUGUGGAAUUUCUGUUGCACCUGUUACAAGCUGGUUGUAUUAUGACUCAAUAUACACUGAGAGAUAUAUGCAAAGUCCAUCACCCAGAGAUAAUCUGCUGAAUUAUGAAAAAUCAGAUGUCAUGAAACAGGCCUCUAAUUUCAAAGGAAAAAAAUAUCUUCUUGUUCAUGGAACUGCUGAUGACAAUGUUCAUUCACAGCAAUCUAUGAUGUUAGCAAAAGCACUUACUGAUGCUGGAGUGAUAUUUCGAAUGCAGGUGUAUCCUGAUGAAAACCAUGGACUUGGUCAUGUAAAAAUGCAUCUUUACCAAACUAUGGACAAUUUUCUUGAUCACUGUUAUUCGGAAACUGUGAAAGAGGAGACAGCGUCAUUAUCAAAGUCAUCUCCCAAUUCUGAACGAUAAAUCUAAGUCAGUAUUUCCUUUCAAAAGGGGCUUUCAUCGUUACUUCCCAUCCUUGAAACUCAUCGUUGAAAUUUUUCAUCUCAUAUUUUCAUGAACUCAUUGUGACUUUUUUUUAAUGAAAUUUAGGAUAUGAAGCUUAUUUGCAUCAUUCCGAAUUUCCACUGACUGUGACUAAUAUGCUUAUUUAGUCACUCUUACAUUCCAUGAGCAAGUGUGCCUGUAAACAAGAUCGUAAGAAAGUUAUAGAUGCUUUUGGUGUUAACUAUUACAUCUGCAGAUAAUAUUGAAUGUUUUAUAAAUCCAAAUAUUUAAUUUUAAUUAAAGUGUUAAAAAUAUUAUUUAAAAUUA